GUUGCUCAGAUUCGAUAGGUUAAAUUCAGAUCACAAAAUUCAAGUUAAAAAAUUCAGAUUAAACAUCCGGGACACGCAGGAUGAGCAAUCGAUUCUGUCUCAAAUCGAACUGAUACCCAGCCAAUCACGUUACACUCCACUGAUUAAGCGACAACGAAGCGGCUUUCGUUUACAGAAGGACAGUCAGCGAUGGCGGCCAAUUUCAGCAGUGGAACAUCGGAACUUGUGCUUAAUCAUAUUAUAGGAAGACUUCGCACUCGUUUGGAAAAUAUUCUGGGACGCAUGCCUCUGGAUCUGGACUUUUUAGAGUUCACUUGUACACAAGAACUUGUGUUUUUAAAUGCUGUUUCCAGUCAAGUAGCUGUUUGCCCUACUAUUUUAAUUGCACUGAGACAGCUACACAGUCUUAUUAGUCUGGAGAUAGAGAAAAGGAAGCAACACAUUGCUGUCGUUCAGUUUGAGCAAGGACCAGCUGGGCGACAGCGAAUGAUUAUAUCUCCAGACUACCUUUGCAACCUUCUGGAACUUAAUUUAACUGUGCCAUGUAUAGCUAAACUCUUGGGGGUGUCCAGAAGCACAGUUUACCGUCGUUUGGCAGAGUCAGAGCUCUCAGUAAGGGAACUAUACAGCACCAUGACUGAUGAUGAGCUAGACCAGUGUGUAAGAGAGAUCAAAUCCCGGCAGCCUCACUCUGGAUAUCGAAUGGUUAAGGCACUCCUUCAAGCAAGAGGACUAAGGGUGCAGUAUAACCGUGUCAGAGCUUCCAUGCACCGUGUUGACACCACUGGUGUCAUAUCCCGUAUGGUCCAGUUAGGAUGUAUUGCUCGCCGUACCUACUCAGUUCCAGGCCCCCAGGCUUUGAUGCACAUAGACACAAACCAUAAACUAAUCCGCUACAACAUUGUUAUCUUUGGCGGCAUUGACGGUUUUUCCCGCAAGAUAAUGUAUCUUGGUGCGGCCUCCAACAACCAGGCAUCAACCACCUUGGCCUUCUUCCAACAAUCUGUUGAGAAAUUUGGUUUUCCUCUUAGGGUACGUGGUGAUCAGGGGGUGGAAAACGUGGAUGUUGCACGCCUUAUGUUUACAGUCCGUGGCACUGGAAGGAGCAGCUUCAUAUCUGGGAAGAGUGUUCACAACCAACGGAUUGAACGGCUGUGGAGAGACUUGUGGGUAGCUGUAACAAGCAUCUACCAUGAUGUUCUUCACUACCUUGAAGAAGAGGGCUUUCUCAGCAUUGCCAGUGUUGUACACCUCUUCUGUUGCAAAUACGUGUUUCUGCCACGCCUGCAGGAUGACCUAGAUACAUUUUGCAAUGGUUGGGACAAUCAUCCUAUAAGAACAGAGAGCCAGAUGACCCCUAACCAGCUGUGGGUUCUGGGUCGUACACAUCACCCAGUUCCUAGACCAGAUAUCACAGAGGCAAUAAACAUUCCAAAUAUUGACUGGGAAAACAGUGGACUUCCUUGUGAUGACCACUCGAGCAUCAUUGUCCCAGACACAGAAUGCUCACUGACAGAUGGACAAAUGACAGCUUUAAGAGAUGCAGUUAACCAAAGAGCUGAAUCUCAGUCUUUUGGCUGUGAUAUUUACAUUGCUGCUGUUCAGUUUUGUGAGAAUUUUGUAUCUCUUUAAAAAAAUGAUGAGAGUUUAAGGUAGUCAGAGUAAGACAACUGCUAACGAGUUUGUUUGUUUAUUAGGAUUGUAACGUCAUGUUUUACACUUUGGUUACAUUCAUGACAGGAAUGAUAGUUACUCAUCACACAAGAUUCAUCAGUUCACACAAAGUUAUAUCGAACACAGUAUUUGACAAUUUAAUAUCUCCAAAUAACCUAAUUUGAAUGUCUUUGGACUAUGGGAGGAAACCGGAGUAAACCCACGCAGACAUGGGGAGAACAUGCCAACUCCACACAGAGAGGACCCGGUCCGUCCCACCUGGGGAUCGAACCCAGGACCUUCUUGCUGUGAGGCAACAGUGCUACCCACUUAAUCACCUUGCCACCCCCACAUAUUAUUCGAACUGCAAAAUUAGAUCAGAAUAUUUCUAUUGCAUUAAAAAACAGGGCGGCAUGGUGGCUAAGUGGGUAGCACUGUCACCUCACAGCAAGAAGGUCCUGGGUUCAAACCCCGGGUGGGUCCGGGUUCUUUCUGUGUGGAGUUUGCAUGUUCUCUCCAUGUCUGCGUGGGUUUACUCCGGGUGUUCCGGUUUCCUCCCACAGUCCAAAGACAUGCAAGUGAGGUGAAUUGAAGAUACUAAUUUGUCCAUGACUGUGUUCGAUAUAAACUUGUGUAAUGAGUAACUUCCGUUCCUGUCAUGAAUGUAACCAAAGUGUAAAACAUCACGGUAAAAUACUAAUAAACAAACAUUACAAAACCAACUGUAUGUACGUAAGUGUUUUGUAAAACUGAACCAAAAAAAUAAACCAGUACACUGCAAUGGA